GUAAAAAUAAAAAUAAAGAGUCGUUCUGCUCAGAGGAAAUAGGCAGUGAAAUAAACGGAGGAAAAUCAGCAGAUUCGCCGGAUCAUAAAGGGAAGGAAGAGGAGUAAAAACGGCAGCAACCCUCAUGCAGGAAUAAGGGUCAUGUGGAGAACGGUGAUAGGCGCGAAGGGGCCGUGGCGAAGCAUGAUGGCGAGAUCGUUAGGGCUCACUGUGCAAAAAGCUGCGAGUUCGAUCGAGAAAAGGUGCGCCGAGAACGGGAGAGCCAGAACGAGGGAGCGAGCGAGCGCACAGUGAGCGACUCAUGGCGAAAAGACCAAAAGAUAAAGCGAAAAGCGAAAAAGGUCGGAGAAUAAAGGGCGAGAAUCAAAUCGCGAGAGCCGGAAAGGAGACCGGCACCGAGGGCCGGCCAAUGGAGCUCGAGGGCGAAGCACUUGUACUUGCUGGAGCUCUGUUUGAGGCUAAUCAGGGAUCACAGAAACAAACCCGAAUCUAUCCCGACGACUUCUUUUUCUGGCGCACUUUUCACUCGCCUAACCUCAUCCGAAAGGUGCUCGCUUUUCCGAACACGAGCUGCUGCUUACGGAGCAUUUACUCGCUCGCUCGAUCGCUCAAGUGGUUCGGGCGCAUAGAAAGCCGAGCCUGAUGCGCGAACUGUAGUUGACAGUUUGGCGUUAAGGUUCGGUGCACUGGGAACCAAAAAAAACUAUAAAUUUAUUCGUCGAGUAGCAACAAAUUUUCUUUUUAAUCAUUGCAAGUUGAUGGGGAACCCUCUUGAACGCGUCAGUCGGUCGGUCGGUCGGUCGGUCUGCUGGCAUUUGCUUACUUAGGCAUGCACCCCUCUUGCCAAUCCCGUGUUUUCGUCUGGCUUUUCCCUCUAAUCGACCCAUUUGUUUAUGCGUCGUGUUCGGGAGGUGAUAAUCUCAUGAGUGCUGACAUCUGUCUGAUGCGUACCCUUCCACGACCGGUCGCGAGUAAAAACAAAUGGGAAGUAUUUUUCUCCGUCUUCUCUCUUGCGUUCUCGCUCGAGUACUCUCUCUCUCUUCCCCUGUCUCUCACUCCGUCGUCUUUACGUCUCUCGUACGAGGCAUGUUUGACUGCCACUGUUGCCUAGACAGGGACGACCUAACA